ACAACGUUGCCGGCUUAAAGAGGUCAGCAUCCUCCCAAUUGCUUCCUUUCUUCUUUCUAUCCAACCGGAGACAUGAUGCCUCUACGCUGCAGAGGGUCUUUUGCCCAAGCGCUUCUCUCAAACAGCUCUCCAGUUCGUCUGGUGCCAGCUAUUUCUCGCAUCUCCAGCAUUUCUCCCCGCCAGAGAUUUCAUACGUCCCCCGCAUCAUGCGCACUCAGGUCUCAGAUUCUGAAGGAUGUCGGUGAAGGAAUCACCGAGAUCCAGAUCAUACAAUGGUAUGUGCAAGAGGGAGCGAAGAUUGAGGAAUGGAAGCCAUUAUGCCAGUAUCAGUCUGACAAAGCUGUUGACGAUAUAACGUCGAGAUACGAUGGGGUCAUAAAGAAAUUGCACUUCCAGGCCGAUGAUACUGUGCCAACGGGAAUGGCUUUGUGCGAUAUUGAUGUGGACGAAUCGAAAUAUCCCGAUGAAAACGCUCCUCCACCAACUAACGAACCCCCGCCCCCACACCCGAUACCAGAGCAGGUUGCAAAACCUCCUGCUGUCAAUGUGGCUACGGAAGCACUAUCAGAACCCGUUGUAGAAGCCAUAUCUUCCCCAUUCAAAUUCGCUUCUCUUGCAACACCGGCUGUCCGCGGUAUGUUGAAGGAGCUGAAGGUGGAUAUAUUAAGCGUAAGCGGAACCGGCAAGGAUGGAAGAGUUCUGAAAGAGGAUGUUCUCCGAUACGUCGCGGAGCGAGACGCCACACCAGCCCCGACAGCGCCAUCAGUACCCCAACCUACACAACCUGUGUCGGGCGUUGACACCACACAGAUAGAAACCACCACCCCAUUAACUCCAAUUCAGUCUCAAAUGUUCAAGACCAUGACCCGGUCACUUACCAUCCCUCACUUCCUUUACGCCGACGAACUCAACAUUAGAUCGUUAUCCUCCAUCCGCAAGAAACUUGCAACACACCCAACCGAGCCGCUUAAACUGUCCUAUCUUCCCUUCAUCAUCAAAGCCGUCUCCCUCUCCCUAAAUUCCUUCCCUCUCCUAAACGCAAGAGUUGACACCACCACCAACCCCACCAAGCCUGCCCUAGUUAUGCGGUCAAGCCACAACAUCGGUGUAGCCAUGGACACUCCAACAGGUCUUCUAGUACCCAAUAUCAAAAACGUCCAGGCCCGCUCCAUUCUCGACAUUGCGGCAGAACUCGCUCGCCUCAGUGAAGUGGCGCGUGCAGGCAAGUUGACGCCCACGGACCUGAACGGUGGAACCAUCACCGUAUCCAACAUUGGCAAUAUUGGCGGCACCUACGUCGGCCCUGUCAUUGUGCCGAAUGAGGUUGCUAUUCUUGGUGUCGGGAGGGCCAAAACCGUUCCCGUCUUUGACGAGGCUGGUAAUGUGGUCAAGGGCGAAAAAGUGAAUUUUAGCUGGAGUGCGGAUCAUAGAGUUGUGGAUGGGGCUACGAUGGCCAGGAUGGCAGAUAAGGUUAGGUUGUAUUUGGAGGAGCCUGAGUCGAUGAUGCUAGCUCUCAGAUAAGGAUAUUUCGGUAAAUCGAGCUUAACAUAAGUAUAUUUUUUUCUGCCAUUAUACACAGGGAGAAAAGGGUGGCCUUUUUUUUUAUAUUUGUUUUAUUGCGUUUUAUUUUCUUUUUUUUUUUAAAAAAACUUUUUCUCACGUUCUAUUUACCUCUCCAAAACCGACGGGUAUAUACGCUGAAUCUUCAAACCCCCUUUGGCUUGUGUGAUGGCUUUUACACAUAUUUUCUGUUCUGUCUCCAAAGGUAUUAGGGUAUGCAAAGGUUGAAUGGCUCGCAGUACAUGUCGAUAGAUAAAUGUAUCAAAAACUAUGCACACAAUAGAAUAUAUUAUUUAUUAUUCCUAC